AUGCCAGCAGUCAACUCCGAGAAUCACGCACCCCCACACCAGCCACCAAACCAGCGGCGUAAGCGGAUCGUUGUGGCAAUGACUGGCGCGACAGGCGCAAUUUUGGGUAUCAAAUGUCUGAUUGCGCUGCGUCGCUUGAACAUUGAGACACAUCUGGUAAUGAGCAAAUGGGCCGAGGCGACCAUCAAAUAUGAAACCGAUUACCAUCCGUCCAAUGUCAAGGCUCUAGCCGACCAUGUUCAUUCCAUCAACGACAUGGCAGCACCCAUUUCAAGUGGCUCUUUCAAAGCAGACGGCAUGAUCAUUGUCCCAUGCAGCAUGAAAACACUUGCUGCUAUCCACAAUGGAUUCUGUGACGAUCUCAUCUCCCGCACGGCGGAUGUGAUGCUCAAAGAGCGGCGACGGCUCGUCUUGGUCGCCCGAGAGACUCCCUUGAGUGAGAUUCAUCUGCGCAACAUGCUGGAGGUAUCUCGCGCCGGUGCAAUAAUCUUUCCACCAGUUCCAGCAUACUACAUCCGCGCCGCGUCCGUGGAUGAGUUGGCCGACCAAAGCGUGGGGCGCAUGCUGGAUCUAUUCGAUUUGGACACAGGAGAUUUCGAGAGGUGGGAGGGUUGGCAGCAUGCAGAGCGUUGA